AUGGCGACUCCAGAAAUUACCAUGAUGAAUGCGGCCACUUCAAGGCGCAUGGCAUGCAAGCUAACGUCUUCGUUGUUGGGCUUCAUUAAAGAUGAGGCAGAGGCCUACAUCGAUCGAUUGAAAGCUUCAUCAAGAGGGACCACGGACACUUCGCCGUCGUGUCUCAAUUUCAACUCGCCUGCCAACCCAGUGAGCCAAGACGCACUGCCACCAGCUCUCCAUGAAUUUCCCAUGGUACCCCCGGAAGGUGUCGGCGAUGCCGUCAACAAGGGGAAUGAUUCUGAUCUGGUAUAUCGUCAACAGAGUCUGGAAACAUCUGGGCCGGAUUCCCGAGGCCCACCACAGGUUAUCACCACUCAACAAGCACCAGCAAGAGAGUGUGACUUACCCUCAUUCCCAAUGGAUGACGGUAUGAACAUUGACCCCUCGGAUAUCGGAUUCUACCCGCAGGAUGGCCUUGGGUUUCAAACGGAGAUCAACGAGAACAUAGGUGCAGCAUUCCUCGAGCCAAUCACGAGGUUCUCGUCCGCUGUAUUCCGCAGCCAGGCCGAGACGUCGGUCAUGGCAUCCGUGGUGGCUGAAUACAUUGCAUGGCUUCGUAAGGCACCUCCCGGCGGCGGCAUGCCAACGGCACGCGAGAGCCCGGUGUACCUGGGCAUGCUCGAGACCCUCGAGACCCGCCUCCAGGAGCUCUGCGAUAUGAGCAAGUCGAGAAGCGUCGUAGCUUUGCGCGAGUUGGUAGCUGCGCUCGAAGCCCUUGCGCCAGCGGGCGGUGCUAUGGCUGUGAGACUGGCUAGCCUGGAGGACGAUGUCGAGAAAGAAGCGAGGGAGAGGGCCGAGGUCUUUCGUUCUCGGUAUAAUCCAUGCGCACUGUUGUCGCAACAGUCUGGCAAUACUUCUUAA